AUGCCUCCAAGAAAGCUUCCAAAAGGGUACGUUGAGGUUGAGGAGAGUCCAUUCCAACCAUUAGUCCCACACAACCCAUAUUUGCCUCCCAUACCAAUCAAAGCCUCAUUUGGGUAUGGGUCGCAAUUCGGGACAACCAUGCCUAGGCGCUUGCCCGCACCGCCACCUCAAAAGAUCACCAACCUCAGACAAAUUGCCGAAUCCGUUAACCAAGCCUUGGAGAACAGUCAACUGAGAGCUGCUACUGAAGUCAACGCACAAAAGAAGGCCCAAAAAAUGCCACAAGGAACAGCAAAGCCUACACCAAAGAAGCGACAACCUGCUGAAUCUGUUCGUCGAAGGACGAAGCGAGAGCCGACUCCAGAUGAAACUCAGCUACACCGGGCGUUGCGCGAAGCAACUAUGACGCCUACAAAAGAGGAAAGCAACCAAUCUGACUCAACACCUUCACCUCCAAUUCAACGAACUGUGUCCACAGACUCGAGUCCUGGUGCCGAACCACCUCUCCCACGACGUUUAUCAGUCAUGUCAAAUUCGCCAAAUUCUCCGCUUUACCCAUCAGCUCUUCAGCGUGGUGGACACGAUACUCACGAAACAAACAGCUCAGGUCGAUGGAGCCGUCAAAGCUCGAUAGAUAACGCGUCUGUGGUAUCUUGGAAUCUAGAGCGUGAUAUUCACGAGGAUGACCUGAAAAGGACGAGACCAAGCACCCAUGGGCGCAAUAUCACUGCACCUCCUCGGCGCCCUUCGGGAUUAUCUAGUAUUCUUCCUAGUACUAUUGACGAGGAAGAAGAGGAAGGAGAGGAGGAAGAAGAAUAUGGUGAUGAUGAGCUAAUAUCGGAACACCCGAAUGAGCCCAAGUCCGAGAUUGAAGCUGAGCCGAUGGAUGGAUCUGCCUCCCCUGCAGGUGGUUGGACUACAUCGGUGCGAACGAUCAUUCCCCAAUUCUUUCGUUCUGAGCCUAGUGUCGAACCUCCAGAGUUAGUACCCCCUGAGGACCUAGCUCGUGAAUGGCAUUUGCCAGCCCGACCAGCAACCCAGGUUGAAGACGUACCUUCCAAAGAAUCAAAGCGAACCAACUGGGGCCGCCUAGCCAUUAUGCUGCUAUUGCCCUUAGCUCUGGCUAUUUCCUUCCAAAUGGGGCUCUGGGAGAAGCUUGAAUUUCCGCAUUUCCCAGCUCCCAUCCAAUACUCUCCCAAUGCGACUGAUUCCGUCGCUGUGCAUGGUCUCAAAGACCAGGUCUCGAAAAUGAACGAGCAGAUGUCAUCCUUAUCUCGCGAACUGGUGGCUGUUCGAUCAGAGCAUGCUCGUGACUCGAGCCCUACCUAUGCUGUAGGCGUACCGGCCGGAUAUGAAAGCCCAAUCCAUAAAAUCAAUUUCUUAUCUCUGGCAUUGGGCGCUAUCGUUGAUCCGCAUCAAACCACACCUACAGCGGACCGCUCAUACCCAUUCUAUCAGCGCGUUGUCCUCACCAUGCUUGGCCUACGCUCGACUAUUACCGCUUCGAUGCCCCCUGUGGCUGCUCUUAUUCCUUGGGAGGAAGUAGGAGAUUGUUGGUGCAGUGCUCCACGCAAUGGAGUGUCUCAGAUUUCAGUGCUUCUUGGUCGUGACAUCGUGCCAGAGGAGGUCGUCGUGGAGCAUGUUCCUUCCGGUUCCACUCUAGACCCAGGAGCUGCACCCCGAGAAAUUGAAGUCUGGGCUCGGUACCGUGUUAUUCCCCUGCCCUUCCAGGGCUCUUCGUCCAUCUUCUCUUGGUGGAAGUCAACUCCUCGCCGGCCGAUUGAGCCCAUGUCGUCGAGAGAUGAAGGCCUUGGAGGGUACAGCAUUCCCGGCGAGGAUUCUCUCCAUGAAGUACUCAUGAACUCGUUGAGUGCGACAAAUAUGUAUGAUCCCGAGAGCGCCUACUCGGACGAUCCCCUGCUUGGCCCGAAUUUCUACCGCAUCGGUAAAAUGGUGUAUGACAUCAACAAGCACAACAAUGUCCAGCGAUUCCAUCUGAACACAAUCAUCGAUAUUCCGACAAUCCGAGUGGACAAAGUGGCAUUCCGGGUGAAAUCCAACUGGGGCUCGAACCACACGUGCAUUUAUCGGUUCAAGCUACAUGGCCACAUCUGA